GACCCCGCGCGAGUCGCCACUGACAUCACGCGGCCUGAGGCGGCGGCGCCCCCCGGCUCAGUCCCGCAGCCCCCUCGGCAGAGGCGCCGCCGCGGUGCCCGGCAGAGGAUGGUGCGCAGCCUGGGCGGGCGGCGGCGGUGAGGCGCGGAGGGGGCCGCGGCGGCCAUGGGGGCCUUGACGAGCCGGCAGCACGCGGGCGUGGAGGAGGUGGACAUCCCGUCCAAUUCCGUGUACCGCUACCCGCCCAAGUCCGGCAGCUAUUUUGCAAGUCACUUCAUCAUGGGAGGAGAGAAGUUUGACUCAACGCACCCUGAGGGUUACCUGUUUGGCGAGAACAGUGAUCUGAACUUCCUGGGGAACAGACCAGUCGCGUUUCCUUAUGCCGCCCCACCUCCCCAAGAACCUGUGAAGACACUGAGAAGCCUGAUCAACAUCCGAAAGGACACGCUGAGACUUGUCAAAUGUGCUGAGGAAGUGAAGAGCCCUGGAGAAGAGGCCAGCAAAGCUAAAGUUCACUACAAUGUCGAGUUCAUCUUCGACACGGAUGCCCGGGUAGCCAUCACCAUCUACUAUCAGGCCACUGAGGAGUUCCAGAAUGGUAUUGCCAGCUAUAUUCCAAAGGACGAUAGCCUGCAGUCGGAGACCGUGCACUACAAGCGAGGGGUAUGCCAGCAGUUCUGUCUGCCCUCCCACACCGUGGACCCCUCGGAGUGGGCUGAAGAAGAGCUUGGCUUUGACCUGGACCGAGAGGUUUACCCUUUGGUGGUGCACGCCGUGGUGGAUGAAGGGGACGAGUAUUUCGGUCAUUGCCAUGUGCUGCUGGGUACUUUUGAAAAGCACACAGAUGGGACUUUCUGUGUCAAGCCCCUCAAACAGAAACAAGUAGUAGAUGGGGUUAGCUACCUCCUUCAGGAGAUCUACGGAAUUGAAAACAAGUACAACACACAAGAUUCGAAGGUGGCCGAGGACGAAGUAAGCGAUAACAGUGCAGAGUGUGUGGUGUGUCUCUCAGAUGUCCGGGACACCUUGAUCCUGCCCUGCCGCCACCUCUGCCUCUGUAACACUUGUGCAGACACCCUGCGCUACCAGGCCAACAACUGCCCCAUCUGCCGGCUGCCCUUUCGGGCACUGCUUCAGAUCCGAGCCAUGAGGAAAAAAUUGGGUCCCUUGUCCCCAACCAGCUUUAACCCCAUCAUUUCAUCCCAGACGUCUGACUCUGAAGAGCAUUCAUCCUCAGAGAAUAUUCCACCGGGUUACGAAGUGGUGUCUCUUCUGGAGGCCCUCAACGGACCCCUCACCCCAUCGCCAGCGGUCCCUCCACUUCACGUGCUUGGAGACGGCCACCUCUCAGGAAUGCUGCCUUCUUAUGGCAGUGACGGCCACCUGCCCCCCGUCAGGACACUCUCCCCCCUCGACCGCCUGUCUGACUGCAGCAGCCAAGGGCUCAAGCUCAAAAAGAGUCUCUCCAAAUCCAUUUCACAGAAUUCUUCUGUGCUGCAUGAAGAGGAAGAAGAGCGCUCCUGCAGCGAGUCAGAGACUCAGCUCUCUCAGAGACCAGCUGCUCAGUAUCCCGGAGAGGAAUGCAGCGAAACUCCAGAAAGUGAGAACCUCACCCUGUCCUCGUCUGGGGCGGUGGACCAGUCAUCCUGCACAGGAACCCCGCUCUCCUCCACCAUUUCCUCCCCAGAAGAUCCCGCCAGCAGCAGCCUGGCCCAGUCCGUCAUGUCCAUGGCAUCCUCUCAGAUCAGCACCGACACAGUCUCCUCCUUGUCUGGCUCCUACAUCGCCCCUGGCACUGAAGAGGAGGGAGAGCCCCUCCCUUCCCCCCAGGCAGCAAGCAGAGGCCCCUCAGAAGAAGAGGAGGAGAUGCCAGCUGAGUCUCCAGAUAGCAACUUUGCUGGCCUCCCUGCUGGAGAGCAGGAUGCAGAGGGAAAUGACGUCAUAGGGGAAGAAGACAGCUCUCCCAUGCAAGAAGAUGGCCAGAGGACAUGCGCAUUUCUAGGUAUGGAGUGUGACAAUAACAAUGACUUUGACAUCGCAAGCGUGAAAGCACUGGACAAUAAGCUGUGCUCUGAGGUCUGCUUACCCGGUCCCUGGCAGGCUGAUGACAACAUUGUCAGUCGUCGGAACACUCAGCGCCGGCGCUUAUCAUCCAGCAGCCUAGACGACCCUGAGGACAGGUCCUGCGUGUGGAGUCCUCUGGCUGUCUGAGAGCACCUGCCCUUCUCCCCAGGCGCCCCUCCUGUCCUUGCAUUCCAUCUGUCUGCACUGGGCCACUGGCCUCCUGACAUCUGCAGCAGGACAUGUGUAGACUUUGCAUACCCACGUGAAAGUUGGAUGUGGAGUUCAACCUGCUGUUUCUCAGCCUUGUCUCCUGUAACCUUGAUCCUUCCCCUCCAAAGGGACCAGAGCCCUCCUUUCUCCUCGUGGGCUGAUACCACUGAACUGCAGCUUAUGAGACACUCCUCAGAGACCCUGGACUGUGUCUGCUGCCCUCAUGGGCAGGUGGAGCUGAGGGCCUGGGGCUACUUGUUUCUUCUGUGUUUUUUCUCCUUAGGGGGCAGACCAAGCAGACUCAGAGUUUUGGCAGCUUUGUUACAAACACCCAUCUGAGAAUUUCUGGUCUCUGGCACCUCAAAACCAAUUUGAAACCUCCAGUUGGGGGUGGUCAGGGGAUGACGCCUGAGAAGAGGGAGCAGUCUUGUGCCAGGUGUGGCGUUGCCCUCCUGAAGCAUUAAGAGCUCCAUUCUCAAGGAUGAGCGAGAUGGCGGCAGCCAAAAGGCUGGUUGAAAAGCUGGUUCUUCCUUCGGGAGCACAGCUGACCUCCUGUGUCUCAUGUAUCUGUCUGCUUCAAAAAAAGCCCUGAAUCCAAGACCCUAGUUAGGAUGACUCCCUUCUAGAGGCCUUUUCCUGAUCAGGUAGCAUUGCAGAGGCCUGAGACUCCACCCAGAGGCAACAUUUCAAGAGCAUUUCUGGACCACUUCUGUGUACACAGUGCUAGGGGCUAUUGUACAUUUCUUCUUCAUGACAGCCCUGGGGCGGGGGGUCUGGUUCCUAUGCCCCCGUCUCCAUCCCUUCUUUAAAAGUUGAAGAAAUAGGCUAAGAGAAGUGUGAAGCAGCAGUUCUUAAAGUGGUGCCCAGAACCACCAAGGGAAGUGUGGGGAACCCUGAGCUGUGUAAGUCCAGGCAGUAGCCCAGGGCCAAAAGUAGUGGCCUAGGAGCCCCAGGACCUUCACCUUGCAGACUCUUCCUACUCUGUUUCCCUCCCCUCCCUUCAAGAUCUGAGAGUGAGAGGGAAGGAAGGGGCCUUCCAGUCACCAUACAAAGGAAGCCUACAGCAGCAAGGCUGGCUGGGAGUCCUGGGUAUCUCACCUCUCCUCGCAGUGGGUUCUGUGUGGCUCUCACAUGGAUGUUUUUUCCAGUGGCUUUUGGAAAAGGUGAGAUUAUCUGAGAAGCAGUUAGAAACAAUUACUUGUGAGAGUUGGGUGUGGGUAAGCUUUAGACUGUGCCUACUAUAUUAGUGUUCGCAGUUGUUACCCUAGAAGAGCUUGCCAAAAAGAGCUCAAUGUGCCAGGCAUGGUGGUUCAUGCCUAUAAUCCCAGCUAUUCGGGAGGCAGAGGCAGGAAGACUGCAUGUUCAAGGCCAGCCUGGGCAACUUAGUAAGACCCUAUCUGGGGAUGUAGCUCAGUGGUAGAGUGCUCCUGGGCUGGAUCCCCACUACCACCGCCACAAAAAAAAAAAAAAAAAAAAAAAAA